CCAGUCACCCCCCUCUUGAAAGUACAUAUUUGACAGGGCACAGCGAGGCAGAGCCCGCACUCCAGCUCAGCGUUCAGUUAGGCACAGACGCCCUAGCCCCACUCCCAGUCUCUGCUUGGGUUUUCUUUUGGACGUUUUGUCGGUUCCACCGAACAGCAAUAAGCAACCAUGGAGGCCAUUAAGAAGAAGAUGCAGAUGCUCAAGCUCGACAAGGAGAAUGCCUUGGACAGAGCUGAGCAGUCUGAGUCAGACAAGAAAGCAGCAGAAGACAGAACCAAACAGUUAGACGACGAAUUAAGAGAGUUGGAAAAGAAAUUGCGUGUUACUGAAGACGAAAGAGAUAAAGUGUUUGAGGAGUUCCAAACUGCUGAAGAAAAGCUGCUGGCCGCUGAGGAGGUCGCCACCAAGGCUGAGGGAGAUGUCGCUUCCCUUAACAGACGUAUCCAGCUGGUUGAGGAGGAGUUGGAUCGUGCUCAGGAGCGUCUGGCCACUGCCCUGACCAAGCUGGAGGAGGCUGAGAAGGCUGCUGAUGAGAGUGAGAGAGGCAUGAAGGUCAUAGAGAACAGGAACAUGAAGGACGAGGAGAAGAUGGAGAUGCAAGACGUCCAGCUGAAGGAGGCCAAGAACAUCGCUGAGGAGGCUGACCGCAAAUAUGAGGAGGUGGCUCGUAAGCUGGUCGUCAUUGAGAGUGACCUGGAGCGUACAGAGGAGCGCGCUGAGCUGUCAGAAAGCAAAUGCUCUGAGCUUGAGGAGGAGUCGAAAACCGUGACCAACAACCUGAAGUCACUGGAGGCCCAGGCUGAGAAGUACACACAGAAGGAGGACAAAUAUGAGGAGGAGAUCAAGGUCCUCACUGACAAGCUGAAGGAGGCUGAGACUCGUGCUGAGUUCGCUGAGAGAUCAGUAGCUAAGCUUGAGAAGACCAUUGACGACUUGGAAGAUGAGUUGUAUGCCCAGAAACAGAAGUUUAAGUCCAUCAGCGAGGAGCUGGACCACGCCCUCAACGACAUGACUUCCAUGUAAUUUUCAACUUACUGUGCCUGCUUGUUCUGCCGUCACCGUCCUGUCCCCGUGCAGCUUUCCUCCUUGUACACCAACGGCCUCACCUCCUCCCCUCCUGUAUUUUCUUGAACCUGUCAUGACUACUAUGUCCAACACUUGUAUCUGUCUCUACACUUGUACACUUGUCCUACACAAAUUGGUUAUGCUUCUAUGUUUUUUGAUCGUCUUUAAAAAAUGUAAUACUAAAACAUUAAACAGACAUUGUUUUAUUUUAUGUCUGUGUAAUUGUUGCCCACUUGUAAUAAACCACUCUCUUCAUUGGUGUAGUUGUAAUGAUACUGUAUACAACAUUUGUAUCAGUAUCAUUGGUAUAAACUUGUGCAUGAACAAAAACAGCAUGUAUCUGCUUAAAUGUUUUGGCUGCAUUAAUUGUGUUGUAUUACUUUUUAUGUGAGAAGUAAUCAUUGUUAGUUUGUAUGCAUUUUUUAGAUUCCCUUAUUUAAAAAUAUUAAUGGCAAUUUCCAUGAUAUUUUGUGAUCAUAAGCAAAGCAUACAAGAUCUCUUUUGAAAUGUGGACUGUAUGAAGAAAGCAUUUUAUUGAAUCAGAUUCACUCACUGUAACUUCGAGUGUUUCCUUUUUCUCCAAAUGUGUUUCACUUUGUCUUCUACUAAUAUGGUCUCUGUCUGUUCAGAAGAAAGGCCCGCUGUAUGUUUGUGAGGUCCGCUUUUAUUCUGUCACUACACCGGUUGAACUGUCAUAAUGUAAGAUCACUGUCUUUGAGCUGCCAGUUUUGCUAAAUUAAUUUUGUCCUUCGAAUUCUGUUGGAGAGUUUCUGUUCAAGUUGUCAGCGUGUCCUCUCUCACAAUGUGUUUCAAUCGUGCAUUGUUGUUUUUGUUGUUUUGUGAUUGCAAUGACUCCUGUGGUUCUGGUGUAUUGUAGUGCACAUCUCCAAUUUCUUUGGGUCCUGCACCGCCUCCCCUAGUUUAUUGUACCCUCUUCUUUCCCACACAGAUAAACUGUUUACACCUCAUCAAAGACGCUCCCUGCCGGCUGAGUGGCGUCUUUCAUCUCUCUCCAGCCUUCUCUCCAUUUUCCCUUCCCUCUCUGUCUGUGCUUUCCUUUCCUCAUCUUUUCAUCCUCACGUCAAAGUUAAUUGCAUCCCAUCUCUUAUACAGAAUCCCAGAAACUUUCUGCGUUGUGUAAAAAAUAAACGUCACUUCCUUCUAUGUAAGCUGUAUCUCUUUACUCUGUCCUUUUUUUCUUUUUCAUUUCUAUUUAUUUUCAUAGGGCUCUAAUAAAACCAGGAAACCUUGA